CACAGCGAGUAGCAGAGUCUGCAUGCAACUUUCCUGGAGGCUAAGAUGGCAAUGCCUGCCAAGAUUUCUCCAGUAUCAUCACAGAUAUCGCAACCAUCCCAUUUCAAUGAUGCCUCAGCAAGCAAUGAACCCAUGGAAUAUACACAGGGAGUUGACAUCAACAAGUUAAGAGACAGGUUAAUCUCAGUGGCUCCAAAACAGAUGACACCAAACCCAGAAGCACUGAUCUUUAUGCAUGAUACAAAGGCACGAGAGAAAACAAGAAAGAGACAGCAACCUAUAAAGCUGGAACCUUUGCCUGUAUUAAAAGUUUAUCAGGAUCAUCAUCAACCUGAAUACAUCUAUCAAAAGAAUCGAGAGGAGUUGAUAAGUCGUGGAGUGCUUUUCCGUUCUCCUUCAGCAGGAAAAGAACAAAGAGCUGUAUCUGUGGAACCUUGUUCACCCCAUCUACGACUGCCUGCCCUUCCAGAUGACCUGGUUGAAAAACAGUUACAGUUGGAUUACAGUAGGACAAUAUCUCCUAUACCACCCAAAAAGCCACGCACAACCACAAGGACAAGCUCGCAUCGGAAGAUAUCUUCUCCACCAUCAUGGACUUUUAAUACAGCAGAAGAUGUUAUCAAGGCUAAUAUUAAAGAUCCUUUGCACAUCAUCAAAAUAUUACUGGAAAAUAAGAAAAUUGGAUUUCUGUACAUGACUCCCGCAGUUCCUAAAUCAUCAAUCGAAUAUGAUCAUUAUAAUUUGAGAAUUGUUCAGUAUCAACAUAUCAACAAAAAUGACUAUUACACUAUAAGUGAAAGAGGAGUCACCAAUAUGUGUGAUGGAGAAGUCGUAUUCUUGGACCUUGAGCGAUGGAAGCAGGAAUACCUUUACCACAAGGCUUUAAAGCAAAUACCUACUUUUGCUCUAUUCCGUAAGUGGAAAAGCUUCACCGUAUGGAGGAAGAAUGUCCGUGCAAAGAAAAUUAAUGAAUGUCGUCGAGCUCUGCAGGAGAACUUAUUCAUUGUUAAUGGGUUUUUGAGUCCUGCUCUGCUUAACAUUCAAGAAAUGUGUUACCGCAUCAGUGAUAUGGGUCUGUGCCGCAUUGAAAAAGGAUACACUUACACUUUAGGAGAAUUCACAGAAAAUCAGUUCAAGCAAAUGAAAGAGGUAGCAAACCGUCUAACUGAAUUCCGUGAACUGGCUAAGGAGGUCAUUAGGAGUGCAUGCAGAACAGCUUUGCUUGAAGCUGGAUUUACACCAGAUGACUACAUAUACGAUUCCGACGGCAUAGGUAUCAGAACAAAUUCACCUCCUCAUAUUGAUGUAGACAUUUUUGGAGAAGAAUCUGAAAAAAUGACUUACACAGAACAGGCUAACAAGAGGUCUCACUGCAGAAGACUGACAUGUUUUAUCCGUUUAACUGAUUACCUCAUUGUGAACACCAUGCAUGUCCUGGCAGUCAAUUCUGUUACCUCGUUAUUGACCCAUCUAGUGGAUAAAGUGAAGGUAACACCUCCUAUUGCUGUAAUACAGACCUGGAACACACAGCAACAACAACAACAACAACAACAAGAAAAAACAGACAAAAAGGCAACUGGGAUACCCCCGCUUCUUGCUGCUGCUCCUUCAGGUGGUGCUGUUGACGAAGAACAGUCUCCAAUGUUUUUGACAGAGAUUAUUAUUGAUACACAAUCACUUUGGUUUGAGCCAGGCAUGGAUGAUUUUCAGGAUUCUGUUGCAGAAGUAGUUACUCAAUUUCAAGAAACUGUGCUGUCGUUGGCCAAUCUAGUGCCAGAUUCAUUUUUUGAUGCUUUUACACAGCCUACCAUAAACAAUAAACUUGAAGAAAAAACAUGUGGAGAUGGCCCAUGCUUAAGUACAAUGUUUGAAGGCGACAAGCAUUUACACUCUUUAGUUUACCAAAUGAGGGAAACAAUACAAUCUGCAUUUGCUGCAGCUGCUGUGUAUGGAGACACUUUUGAAAGAUUUUGUAAAUUUUUCAAGGAAAACGAAAGUCUAGAUUUAGAAGCUCUGAAGAAAGAGGAACACGGAGUUGAAUUUUUCUCAGAUAAUUUGGAAAAAUAUCAUAAAGAACACAAGGAUGCUCUUGCAAUAACAGAAAAAAGAAAUUUAGGAUUGUUACUGAUAGAUGCCAAGAAACUAAAGCAAAAAUUAAUUCCGUCGCCAAAAAGAUGCUUGGAGGCAAUGCAUGAUAUGCUUCCUGGACUUGCCAAGAAGAAAAUGGAUGCCAUUAUAGCAGAAGCUCAAGAUGCACAAUUUAAACUUGAAUUUUCUCCUACUACUACAUUGGAUUAUGUAAAUUCUUUGGUAUUCCUUGAUGAAAUUCAAGAAAGGAUUGAUGUUCUUGAAGAAGAGUCCACUGUUGUAGUCCAGAUGUAUAAGCUUAUUGAAAGCUACAAAGUACCUACACCUCCGGAAGAUUUUGCUGUGUUCGCCACAUUGAAGUCAUCUAUCAUUUCUGUUCGAAAUGCUAUUGACAAGUCAGUAGGAGAGAGAGAUGGCAACAUUGAAAAAUUCUGCCGAUUAUUAGACAAAGAUAUUGUAGAGCUGAAUAAAGAAGUAAAGGAAGUAAAACAGCGGUCAGAGGAUCCUCAGAUACUGGAUAUUAAUGCUGAUAAGACAAAAGUGAAAAAUAUAUUAGCCGACCUGCAGAUAACUCUAAACGAGUUACAAAAAAGUGCCUUUCAGUAUAAAAUGUACCAGAAAAAUUUCAAGGUGGAGGUUACAAAGUUUGAUGCCCUGGAAGAAAUAAGUGCAGAAGUAAAGCUGAAGCAGCUGCUUUGGGAUUCUAUCUCCGAAUGGGAUGUUCUUCAGGAUGAGUGGCUGAAGUGCAAGUUUGAAGCUCUGGAUCCAGAACAACUGAACUCUUUAGUCCUUAAAUAUGCUAAGUUUGUAAAUCAGCUGGAGAAAGGACUCCCACCAAAUAGUGUAGUACCAAAUCUGAAAGAGAAGGUGGAUGCAAUGAAGGGAAAGGUGCCUGUGAUCACUGAUUUAAGAAAUCCAUUUAUGAAACCCAUUCAUUGGGAGUCUCUUCAAAAAACUAUGAACAAAACAUUGACAAAUAUUGAACUGUCCCUGGAGAAACUUAUAGAAAUGAAUGUGUUUGAAUAUACCCAGGAAAUACAGGAUAUAUCUGGACAGGCAUCUGGUGAAGCCUCGUUAGAGGCAAUUCUAAAAAAGGUGGAAGAUGCUUGGAAAGUCGCUGAAUUUGUUACCCUCCGUCAUCGGGAUUCUAAAGAUGUGUUCAUUCUUGGAGGUACAGAUGAUAUCCAGGUUCUGCUUGAUGAUAGUAUCAUAAACAUAUCAACUGUAGCAUCAUCUCGUUACAUUGGGCCUAUCAGACCUCGUGUUGAGGAACUACAAAGGCAACUGUCUUUGUUUAAUCAAACUUUAGAAGAGUGGUUGACUUGCCAAAGAAACUGGCUCUAUUUGGAGAGCAUCUUCAGUGCUCCUGAUAUUCCAAGGCAGCUCCCUGCAGAAGCCAAGAUGUUUUUACAAGUGGACAAAUCUUGGAAAGAGGUCAUGAGGAAAGUAAAUCAGUUACCUGGUGCAUUUCGAGCUGCUACGCAACCAGGUCUUUUGGAGACAUUUCAGAAUAACAAUGCACUCCUGGAUCAAAUUCAGAAAUGCCUGGAAGCUUACUUAGAAUCCAAGAGAGUUGUCUUUCCGAGAUUCUACUUUCUUUCGAAUGACGAGCUUCUUGAAAUACUGGCACAGACACGCAACCCACAAGCUGUCCAGCCUCACCUGAGGAAAUGCUUUGAUGCUGUAUCAAAACUGGAGUUUGCACUAAUGUCAUCAGGGCAGGAAGAACAAGUCUUCAGCAAUGACAUCUUAGCAAUGCUGUCACCAGAGGGAGAAAGGGUUGGCUUGGGCAAAGGUUUGAAGGCGAGAGGGAACGUUGAAGAAUGGCUUGGCAAAGUCGAAGAAGCAAUGUUCACUUCUCUAAGGCGGCUAAGCAAGGCUUCUAUCGCUGACUAUCAAAAUAAAAGCAGAGUAGAAUGGGUAGUCACUGGGUUUCCAUCUCAGGUGAUAUUGACUAUUUCCCAGCUGAUGUGGUGCAGAGAUCUCACACAUUGUCUUGAAGGGGAGAAUGAGGACAACCUGAAGUCUAUGGCGAAUUUUGAAAAAGUGAACUUUGAGAGAUUGAAUGCCUUAGCUGGACUAGUCCGUGGUCAGCUUCCCACCAUUCACAGAAACAUCAUUACUGCACUUAUAACAAUUGAUGUGCAUGCCAGAGAUAUUGUCAGUGACCUUGUAAAGGAAAAGGUUGACAGCAUUGAGAACUUUGAUUGGCAGAGACAACUACGUUAUUAUUGGGAUCUAGACCUAGACAACUGUGUGGCCCGGAUGGCUUUAUCACAGUAUACCUAUGCAUAUGAGUAUCUUGGGGCAUGUCCUCGGCUGGUGAUAACUCCUUUAACCGAUCGAUGCUACCUGUGCCUAAUGGGGGCUUUGCAGUUAGAUCUUGGUGGUGCACCAGCUGGACCUGCAGGAACUGGGAAAACAGAGACAACGAAAGACCUUGCCAAAGCACUUGCCAUCCAGUGUGUGGUGUUUAACUGUUCUGAUGGAUUGGAUUACAAGAUGAUGGGGCGCUUUUUCAGUGGUUUGGCUCAGUCAGGAGCAUGGUGUUGUUUUGAUGAAUUUAACAGAAUUGAUAUUGAAGUUCUUUCAGUUAUUGCACAGCAACUAAUCACCAUAAGAAAUGCCAAAGCUGCAAAGCUCUCCAGGUUUAUGUUUGAGGGGCGUGAAAUUAAACUGGUUAUGACCUGUGCGGCAUUUAUCACAAUGAACCCGGGCUACGCGGGAAGGACUGAAUUACCAGACAACCUCAAGGCCUUGUUCAGACCAUUCUCCAUGAUGGUGCCAAACUACGCUCUGAUUGCAGAAGUGAUUCUGUAUUCAGAAGGUUUUGAAUCCAGUAAAGUCCUAGCCAGGAAGAUGACACAAAUGUAUAAACUGUGCAGUGAGCAGCUCUCACAACAGGAUCACUAUGAUUUUGGCAUGAGAGCUGUGAAAUCUGUCUUAGUCAUGGCUGGGUCACUGAAAAGAGAGAAUCCCAAUUUAAAUGAAGAUGUGGUGCUAAUUCGUGCCUUACGUGAUUCAAAUUUACCGAAGUUCUUAUCAGAUGAUGCAGAGCUAUUCAGUGGCAUCAUAUCUGAUCUUUUCCCAGGUGUUUUAAUCCCUGAACAUGACUAUGGCACUCUGCAGUCAACAAUCAUAGACACAAUGUUAGCGCGAGGCUUGCAGCCAGUGCCCAGUAUGGUUCGUAAUGUUAUACAGUUUUUUGAAACCAUGAUUGUUAGACAUGGAGUCAUGUUGGUUGGACCAACAGGUGGUGGCAAAACAACAGUUUAUCAAAUUCUGGCUGAUGCAAUUACCACUUUAUAUAAGGCAGGUGAAACACACCACUUUUACCAGCUUGUUAAAACAUAUGUGUUAAACCCCAAAUCAAUUACCAUGGGUGAAUUAUACGGAGAAGUAAACAGUCUGACUUUUGAAUGGAAAGAUGGUCUGAUGGCACUGAGUGUCCGUUCAGCAGUUAAUGAUACCUCAAAGGACCAUAAAUGGAUUGUCUGUGAUGGCCCUGUCGAUGCACUGUGGAUUGAAAACAUGAACACUGUGUUGGAUGAUAACAAGAUGCUCUGCUUGGCAAAUAGUGAGAGGAUCAAGUUCACACCACAAAUACACAUGGUGUUUGAGGUGCAAGACUUAAAGGUAGCAUCUCCAGCCACUGUAAGUCGCUGUGGAAUGGUUUACAUUGAUUCAGAAGAACUAAAAUGGAUGCCAUAUGUCAAAACUUGGAUAGCUGGUCUUUCAGACAAUAUCAAUGCUGAAACUAAGCAGUACAUACUGGAUAUGUUUCAACGCCAUGUUGAAGAAGGUCUAAGAUUUGUCUCUAGAAAAUGUACACAAGCCAUCUCUCAAGUGGACAUCAGUAAAGUUACAACCCUGUGCUGUUUAUUAGAAUCACUGCUGCUUGGAAAAGGAGGACCGGACUUAAAAAUGGAUCAAGCAAAAUUAAAUAGCCUCAUCUGUCAGACAUUUGUUUUCUGCUACCUCUGGUCAGUGGGUGGAAAUCUGACAGAAAAUCAUUGGGAUGCCUUUGAUACAUUUAUCAGAAAACAGUUUGAAGACAACCCUGAAGCUAAGCUGCCAACAUCUGGAGACCUGUGGAGCAUGUAUAUAGAUUACAACAGCAAGCGUUUAGAUCCCUGGGAACGAAUAAUUCCUUCUUUCAAGUACAACAAGAACAUUCCAUUUUUCGAAAUGCUUGUUCCUACAGUUGACACUGUACGAUAUGGAUACCUGAUGGAAAAACUGCUUGCGGUGCGGCACUCAGUGCUCUUUACUGGAAUCACUGGAGUUGGCAAGUCUGUAGUAGCUCGAGGAUUACUCAGUAGAAUACAAGAAGAAGCUGGCUAUGUCCCUGUCUACAUAAACUUUUCUGCCCAGACAUCCUCUGCACGGACGCAAGAAAUAAUUGAGUCUAAAUUGGAAAAGAAAAGAAAAACCAUUCUAGGUGCUCCUGGUAAUAAAAGAGUAGUCAUUUUUGUUGAUGACUUGAACAUGCCAAAAUUAGAUCGAUAUGGUUCUCAGCCUCCCAUUGAAUUGCUCCGCCAGUAUCAAGAUUUCAAAGGAUUUUAUGACAGAGAAAAAAUUUUUUGGAAAGAGAUACAGGAUGUAACCAUUGCAGCUGCCUGUGCACCUCCUGGUGGGGGCCGCAAUCUAGUAACUCCACGCUUUAUAAGACACUUCAGCAUGCUGUGCCUGCCAACGCCCUCCGAGCAAAGCCUUAAACAGAUUUUUCAGGCAAUCUUAAAUGGAUUUUUGACAGAUUUUACUCCAGCAGUAAAACAGAGUGCAACAAAUAUAGUGGAAGCUUCAGUGGAAAUUUACAAUAGAAUGAGCAUUGAUCUUCUUCCAACUCCCGCAAAAUCUCAUUAUGUAUUUAAUUUACGGGACCUUUCAAAGUGUGUUCAAGGCAUGCUACAGUGCGAUCCUGGAUCUGUACGAGAUCAAACACAGAUCUUCAGACUGUUUUGCCAUGAGUGCCAGAGAGUUUUUCAUGACCGGCUUAUCAACAAUGAAGACAAACAGUAUUUUCACACAAUGCUGUCUGAAAUGGCCAGUAAACAUUUUGCUGUGCAGAUUGAACCAGAAUACUUCAUAACAAAACCAAUUAUUUUUGGAGAUUUCAUGAAGGUUGGUGCUGAUAAGUCCGAUAGGAUGUAUGAAGAUCUGACUGAUAUGGAAAAGCUUAGAUCGGUGCUGCAAGAUUACCUAGACGAUUACAAUCUGGCCAAUGCUAAAGAUGCAAAGCUGGUAUUUUUCCAGGAUGCAAUUGAACAUGUCUCCAGAAUUGCUCGAAUGAUCCGUCAGGAGAGGGGGAAUGCUCUUUUAGUUGGUGUUGGUGGAACAGGAAAACAGUCUCUGACUAGGCUUGCUACACAGAUGUGUGGCUAUAAAUGUUUCCAGAUUGAACUGAGUCGUGGAUACAAUUAUGACACAUUUCAUGAAGAUCUGCGAAAACUGUACAAAAUGGCCGGAGUAGAAAAUAAGGAUACAGUGUUUCUUUUUACGGACACUCAGAUUGUGGUAGAAGAGUUCCUGGAAGAUAUCAAUAACAUGUUAAAUUCUGGUGAAGUACCUAAUCUGUUUGAGAAGGAUGAACUUGAAUAUGUAUUAGCAGCAACGAGACCAAAGGCCAAGGAAGCAGGGAUUCCUGAAGGAAACCGGGAUGAGGUAUUUCAGUAUUUUAUAAGCCAGGUUCGGCAGAGAUUACACAUUGUGCUUUGCAUGAGUCCAGUUGGAGAUGCCUUUAGAGCACGAUGCCGAAUGUUCCCAUCACUAGUGAACUGCUGUACCAUUGACUGGUUUGUGCAGUGGCCGAAAGAAGCUUUGCUGUCCGUAUCACAAACAUUUUUUGCUAAUAUUGACCUUGGCAAGGAGGAGAUGAAGGGCAAGUUUUCUGAAAUGUGUGUGGAGAUUCACAUGAGUGUCACUGAAAUGGCUGAACAAUAUUACGCAGAGCUAAGAAGGCGCUACUACACGACUCCUACCUCGUACUUAGAGCUAAUAAACCUGUAUUUAUCUAUGCUGGGGGAUAAAAGGAAGCAACUGGUUACGGCACGUGACCGUGUGAAGAAUGGACUUACCAAACUCUCUGAGACUAACGUAAUUGUUGACAAGAUGAAGAUAGAGUUGUCGGCUUUAGAGCCAGUCCUCAAACAGAAAUCAGUUGAUGUGGAUGCUUUAAUGGAAAAAUUGUCAGUAGACCAGGAAAAUGCUGACCAAGUGCGCCGCAUUGUUAAAGAAGAUGAGGCAAUUGCUAAAGUAAAAGCAGAGGAGACACAGGCAAUUGCUGAUGAUGCUCAACGAGAUCUUGAUGAGGCUAUGCCAGCUCUUGAUGCAGCCAAUAAGGCUCUGGACUCUCUGGACAAAGCUGACAUUUCAGAAAUUCGAGUGUUCACUAAACCCCCCGACCUUGUAAUGACAGUCAUGGAAGCAAUAAGCAUCUUACUGAAUGCAAAGCCUGACUGGUCAUCAGCAAAACAACUACUUGGAGAUUCAAAUUUCCUCAAACGGCUUUUAGAAUAUGACAAAGAAAAUAUAAAGCCUCAGAUAUUGAUGAAACUACAGAAAUACAUAGCAAAUCCAGAAUUUGUGCCAGAGAAGGUUGAGAAGGUCUCUAAGGCAUGUCGUUCCAUGUGUAUGUGGGUGCGAGCCAUGGACUUGUAUUCAAGAGUGGUAAAAGAUGUGGAACCAAAAAAAAAAAAACUUGCAGCAGCACAGGCUGAACUAGAUGCCACGAUGGCUACACUUCAACAAAAGCAAAAAAAGCUAAAGGACGUAGAGGAACAAAUUAGAGAGCUGCAAGAUCAAUACGACACGAGCCUUGGAGAAAAAGAAAGCCUAGCUAAAACAAUGGCACUCACACAAGCCCGUUUGAACCGUGCUGGGAAAUUAACUUCUGCCUUAGCAGAUGAGCAAAUCCGUUGGCAAGAGAGUAUCGCUAAUUUCGAAGAAGAGAUUUCAAAUGUGAUGGGAAAUGUUUUCAUUGCUGCAGCCUGUGUUGCUUACUUUGGUGCAUUUACAGCCAUUUACAGACAACAGCUGAUAGACUGUUGGAUAAAAAAGUGCCAAAAUUUGCAGAUCCCUAUCAGCCCAAAUUUCAGCUUAAUAAAUAUUUUGGGUGAUGCUUAUGAAAUUCGGCAGUGGAACACAGAUGGAUUGCCACGAGAUCUUGUCUCAACAGAAAAUGGUAUUUUAGUCACUCGUGGGAGAAGAUGGCCUUUGAUGAUUGAUCCCCAAGAUCAGGCAAAUCGUUGGAUAAGAAAUAAAGAAACCAAGAAUGGCUUGAAAGUUAUAAAACUUACCGACGCAGGCUUCCUACGAACACUUGAAAAUGCUAUCAGACUUGGUUUGCCUGUUUUGCUAGAAGAGCUGAAGGAAAGCCUUGAUCCUUCUUUGGAGCCAGUACUUUUGAAGCAGACCUUUGUGUCAGGCGGGAGGACUCUAAUUCGACUUGGUGACUCUGACAUUGAUUAUGAUAAGAAUUUUAGAUUCUACAUGACGACCAAAAUGCCAAAUCCACAUUAUCUUCCUGAGGUGUGCAUUAAAGUUACUGUAAUUAAUUUCACUGUGACCAAAUCUGGCCUGGAGGAUCAACUUCUCAGUGAUGUUGUAAGGAUUGAAAGACCAGAUUUAGAGGAUCAGAGGAACCAGCUUAUUAUAAGAAUAAAUUCGGACAAGAAUCAGUUAAAAGCCAUAGAAGAUAGAAUUUUAAAGCUACUGUUUACGUCGGAAGGAAAUAUCCUAGAUAAUGAAGAACUUAUCAAUACAUUACAAGAAUCAAAGAUUACUUCAAGUGCUAUCAAAAGUAGAUUGAAAGAAGCUGAAACAACAGAAGAAAAGAUAAACACUGCGCGGGAAAAAUAUCGCUCAGUGGCCACCCAGGGAUCUGUCAUAUACUUUGUUAUUGCAAGUCUGUCAGAAAUAGACCCGAUGUACCAGUUUUCACUAAAGUAUUUCAAACAGUUAUUUAACACGACAAUUGAGGCUGCUGAAAAGAGCAAUGAUCUUGACGUCCGCUUGGCAACCCUUCUUAGCCAGACUCUUUACUCUUCUUAUACCAAUGUAUCGCGAGGUCUUUUUGAGCAACACAAGCUCAUCUACAGUUUUAUGCUCUGCAUAGAGAUCAUGCGACAGAACGAAAAAAUCAGUGACUCGGAAUGGAAUUUCUUCCUCAGAGGCGCUGCUGGAUUAGAAAAGGAACACCCACCUAAACCAGAUGUGCCAUGGCUGUCUGACCCUCUAUGGCAUAGUUUUUGUGAUUUAGAAGAGGUACUUCCAUGCUUCAAAGGGAUCAAAAAUGAUAUAUUUUUUUCACCAAUUGCCAUCACUUUAGGAAUUCUUGAAAUUCAAGUAAACCCCAGCACUUGGAAUGGUUAUAAGGAGAAAACAGAAAAAGAAAGUGAAACAUCUCAGGGCCUGUGGAAUGAAAAACUGAAUUUGUUCCAGAAAUUAAUCCUUAUUAAAAGUGUAAAGGAAGAAAAGGUUGUUUUUGCUGUCACUGAAUUUGUGAUUAAGAAUCUAGGAAAGAAAUUCAUAGAGAACCCUCCUAUUGAUCUGCCUACUCUUUACCAAGAUAUGUCUGUUUCAACCCCUUUGGUUUUUAUUCUAAGCACUGGAUCAGAUCCAAUGGGAGCAUUUCAAAGAUUUGCAAGAGAAAGGGGAUACUCUGAACGGGUGCAGUCUAUAUCUCUGGGCCAAGGACAAGGACCGAUUGCUGAAAAGAUGAUAAAGGAUGCAAUGAAGUCUGGAAACUGGAUUUUCCUACAGAACUGUCAUUUAGCAGUAUCCUGGAUGUUACCAAUGGAAGAACUCAUAAAAACUUUUACUGAGCCAAAUGUCACGAUCAAUGAAAACUUUCGUCUGUUUUUAAGUUCUAUGCCAAGCAGAACUUUUCCUGUCACUGUCCUCCAGAACUCUGUAAAGAUUACUAAUGAGCCACCAAAAGGUCUCCGUGCUAAUAUUCGACGCGCAUUUACUGAAAUUACUCCAACCUUCUUUGAAGAACAUCUUCUUGGCAGAAAAUGGAGAAAAGUUAUAUUUGGGAUUUGCUUUUUCCAUGCCAUAGUUCAGGAGAGGAAAAAGUUUGGGCCACUUGGAUGGAACAUUUGCUAUGAAUUUAAUGACAGCGACAGAGAGUGUGCACUCCUGAAUUUGAACUUAUAUUGCCAAGAAGGAAGAAUACCAUGGGAUGCUCUUAUCUACAUUACAGGAGAAAUAACAUAUGGAGGAAGAGUAACUGAUGCAUGGGAUCAGAGAUGUUUGAGAACAAUCCUUAAAAGGUUCUUUUCCCCAGAGACCCUUGAAGAAAAGUAUUGCUAUUCAACAUCAGGAAUAUAUUUCAGUCCGGAUGCUGACAAUCUGCAGUAUUACAAAGACUAUAUUGAAAAUCUGCCCUUGACUGAUGAUCCAGAAAUUUUUGGAAUGCAUGAAAAUGCCAAUUUAGCUUUCCAGCGCAAAGAAACAAGCACCUUAAUCAAUACUAUAUUAGAUGUUCAACCAAGGUCUGCUUCCCGAGGAGCCGGAAAGAGUAACGAUGAAAUUGUGGGAGAUUUGGCAAUCUCUAUUCUGUCAAAGCUACCGGAUAAGCUAGAAAUGGAAGCUGCUUCUGAGGUGCUGUUUGCUAAAGACGCAAAAGGCCGUAUCAAUUCUCUAACCACUGUUCUUGGACAGGAAGUUGACAGAUUUAAUAAGCUCCUCAAAGUGGUAAAAAACUCUCUAGAGACACUUAAUAAAGCCAUAGCAGGUUUUGUGGUAAUGUCCGAGGAAAUGGAGAGAAUUUACAAGAGCUUUCUUAAUAAUCAAGUGCCAUCACUAUGGGCUGAUGCUGCAUAUCCCUCGCUGAAACCCCUGGGAUCCUGGGUAAAAGACCUGGUGUUAAGGACAUCUUUUAUAGAUGCUUGGAUUCGAAUGGGCCAACCAAAGUCUUUUUGGAUUUCCGGUUUCUUUUUCCCUCAAGGUUUUCUAACAGGAACCCUACAGAAUCAUGCUCGAAAAUACAACUUGCCUAUUGAUGAGCUUAGCUUCCACUAUAAUGUUCUCCCUUGUUACCGAGACCAAGCAGCAGUCAUUGAAGCUUUAAAAAACAUCAAAUUUGGAGAAGAAUUAUCUGUAGACUCACAGUUACCCACUCCUGAAGAUGGCGUUUUAGUGCAUGGAAUGUACAUGGAUGCCAUUCGCUGGGAUGAUGAACAUAUGGUUAUAGUGGAUGAAUUGCCAAGACAAAUGAACUCAAUGUUACCCGUAGUGCACUUCGAGCCUCGCCAGAACUACCAACCAAGUCAUACUUUAUAUCAGGCCCCGCUCUAUAAGACAGGAGCUAGGGCAGGAACGCUAUCCACAACAGGCCAUUCUACAAAUUUUGUUGUGACCGUUCUAUUACCAUCCAAAAAAGUCAAUGAUUACUGGAUAUCCAAAGGGUCAGCUCUACUUUGCCAACUAAAUGACUAAUUUUUACAAGAUAGGCUACAAUAUAUAGUCAUAGAAAACCAAUGUUUUAUAUAUUUUGUUGUAGUGCACUUCGGGCCAAAACAUUGCUGUGCACUUAGGGCCAACCUCUUGACAUGGUUGUCUGGAA